CGACUCGUGUCCAGUCAGUAUGGAUUUUGGGCGAUCAGAAGCUGCGAUCUCAGACAGUUUUUGACCGAAUCCUUCACUUCAUAGAAACGCCUCAGGAUCUGCGCUCAGAGGUGGCCCCGGAAGGAUUCUCUGCCGUAUCUGAGAUGAAGCUCCACCAACUAGCUGAUAACCAACAUCCCCGGGUCACCCGCCGAACACAAGAGACUUGACCAGAGCACCUGCCUCCACUUCCUUGGGACUAAUGCUGAGAGAAGUCACAUCUGGUGCGGGCCGAAACUGUCUAAGGAUGGGGUAGACUGGAGGUGUCACGGCGGAAGCCCUGGUUUUCAUCCAUGCGAAGCACCGGGACGCUAGGUACUGUUGCAAGAUCCGAUGACCAAGUCUACUGCUGGCAUGAGUCGAGAUCUCUUAUAAUACAGACGCGGGGUCAGAUCCAAUGAAGAUGGAGACAUCGCCACAGAGAGAGCAAUUCUCCGGAUAAGGCUAGGUCUCCGACGGCCAAUACACGCAGAAUGAGAAGGUUCCCUCCCAGACAAAAGAUUAGGAAACAGAUUCUCAUGCUCAAGCACUCGUUCGGCCAGCUCUGGUCGUCCGCCAGUGCCUCGAAACCGAUGCAUGAUGGAAGUUUUCCGGGGCACUGGAGCCAAGUUUGCAGUGUGAGUGCCAUGGGGUGGUUGCAGAGACAGCACAUGGUUAUGAACUGCAGAUCCAUGUGCACCUCCAAGCGGGUCCACAAGGAGGUCAUGUUCCGACGCGAUUGUGUGUGCCCACGGUGAAACACUUAGAAGAAGGUUCAGACGCUUCUAUCUCAUGCUCUUCCCCAGGUUGAAUAAGCAUUGAGGAGAGUAGCAGAGUAAACGCGACGCAGAGUGUCUCUGCGGAAAAGAGAUGCCUCAACGCCACCAGAUAUCAUCGUCCAGCUCGUCAAUCUCCGCAUGCAUGUCGUCCAAAUGGUUUUUCAAUCCCCCUAUGCGCCCCUGGUGCCGACUUCGGCGCUCGUGGUGUUUGUGCUGAUCAUGCUGGGCACGGACGAAGCUUCGCUCGGCGCCCGAUUCAUCCAUAGCAAGUCGAAGGAAGAAGGACGCAGACAGUGGCUUGAAACAUCAUGCUGAGGGAACACGAGUUGUGCGGUCGCUGCGCGUACGCGACGACCAGAUGAUAUCAGGAAGCAAGCAAGUCAUAAAACAGGCAUACGGUAGUGGUUGCUUCUGUUGAUCUACCAUGGCUUCUCUCCAGGUCUCAACGCUGCCGCCUCGCAUAUUGUUCGAGCGUCUUCAUCGCGCUCUCCAAUCUUCAGGGUUAAGUCUCUCAGCAUGAGGGCUGAAAAAUGUCAAAUGCGUGUUCUGAAACAGAAGGGUACUAGAGCACCAUGCGAUACGACUUCGACUGAUAACAUACGCAUCUCGGAGGCAAUGGGGUGCAUACCGCACGGCUCGCAACCGGACCCCGGCUGUAAACGGUCGUGAAAGCAUCGUGAUUCUUUGAACGAACCCGAUCUCAGUUUCCUUCAAUGGCAUUCCGCACGCUCGUCCUCGCUGCCCUCGUUUCCCUCGCACUCGCUGCGCCCAGCACAAAGACCAAGAUUGUGCUGACGAACGACGACGGAUGGGCGGUUGCCAAUAUCCGUGCCCAAUACGACGCGCUCACCACUGCUGGCUACGAUGUCAUCCUUUCUGCGCCGUCGAUCAACCGCUCCGGCACUGGAUCCUCGUCCAAGACGCCCACGCCCCUGACGUCCCCUUGCGAAUUUAACUCGUGCCCGACUGGAUCCCCUGCCGAAGGGUCUGACCCGACGAACCCGAGACUGAACUACGUCAACUCGUACCCCGUCGACGCUGUGACCUACGGAAUCACCAACCUGUCGCAGAGUUUGUUCUCAGGACCGCCCGAUUUCGUUGUCAGCGGCCCCAACGUCGGGUACAACCUGGGCAUCCAGGUCCCGUUCUCGGGUACCGUUGGAGCCGCCUCGGCAGCCGUCCGCGCGGGCAUCCCCGCAGUUGCCUUCUCCGCCAGCACCGGCAGCGAAAUCUCGUACACCACACUCACUUCCGACCCGACCUCGGCUGACUCGCAAGCCGCCCUGAUCUACUCCCAAGUGACGACCCAGUUCGUCAACGCACUCAUUUCCACCGGCAAGCCGUACCUCCCGACCGGCCUGUCCCUCAACGUCAACUACCCCCCGAUCUCAUCCAGCGGCUGCGCCUCGGCCGCGGACUUCAAGUUCGUGCUGAGCCGCGUCGACUGGAACCCGUUCGCCACGGACGUCAAUACUUGCGGAUCCACCCACCUGCCCACCGAGUCGACUGUCACCGGAACCAGCGGUUGCUUUGCCAGCGUCAGUGUCUUCGACGCUACCAACGGCUUGAAGCUUGACGGCAAUGCUUCUGAGCAAGCUGCUGUGUUGCAGAAGCUUGGAUCGAUCCUCACUUGCCUUCCCUAGACAGUUCGAUGUGUAGAUGCUUCCCUAGUUGUCAUCGAAUCGGACAGUUUGAUGUCGACUGGUCCAGUGCCAUGCCACCCACAAUCCAAGCAGAAGAAGCGCCUCGCCUGCACGGCGAUUCGGCGAACUGGUACCAUCUGUACCGAAUCACAGAUGAUGUUGCGCAGGUAACAACAGACUGGACCAGGCGAAUGUCAUUCAUGCCGCGAAUUCCCACGCAACGUGAAACAGAGGCUGGAACCCGGAUUCCCAGCAACGCAGGUUGAAUGUCAUAAGAACGAUGAGGCCCAUAGGACGGAAAGGACGACGGCUGUAUGACACAGUUGCACAGGUGUACGGUAAGGUAGCUUCGAGGCCGGUAUCCUGGGGUGACAGGAGAGAAUGGUGAUUGUAGAUUGCUUCUGGAACCUGUCUUGUCCGGGUCUAGGUUGCAGAACGUAGAGAGGCUCGAAAUCUUUGGUGGAUCCAGUGCGCUCUUGGAGGCUUUUACGGAAUUUCAGCGUGUACCAGCAAGUAACUGCAGGGGGGCCAUUCAUGGAGAGCAAGAGUGUGUGCACUUCAUAAUCGUCACGGUUCGAUGUUUCCUCGAUAUCAAUGUGCCCCUUGCCACCAUCCAACGGCUUGGAGAUGAGACGGUCUUGUCAUAAGAUCGCAGAGCAGGACACGCAACCUUGCGCCAUUGACCUAGGGGGCUGGAGCCGGCUUUGCGGCGAUUCGACCACAAGAUUUCGCGACACCGGAUUCCGGCAAAGCCGAAAUAGCAGCAGAUAUGACAAUGAAAACCCAGUGAUGUGGAAGUGGCUAGCAAGACUACCGUUGGCCGGAAAACGGGAGCCAAAACUUGCUAGAACGCAUAGACUAGUCGACAGUAAUGAGGGGAAUGUGCAUCGAGGCGAUCAAAGGCGUCUCAGGAGCCCCUCGUAUUGGCCCCAUGAAUGCUCAUCGAGAAAGACAUCUAGGCUGCGAUUCGAAGAACGUUGCGCCAGCGCAGAUCGGAAUUCUGCACCGUCAGAGCUCACUGGGCCGCUUUUCACAUGGCCAAUCACCUCAUCCGAUGCCUCCUCUGGUUGUGGUUUCUGCGAGGCAUCGAGAUUCGAGGUCCUAAGAUACCAGUCCGUUUGCAGCAGGAUUCGCCAGGCAGUGACCCGGGUGUAGCAGCGGCAGUAAGAUAGCGCGAAGGCGCGGCGGUGGAGAUUCGACGCGUGGACGAAAGUUCUGCGUUCAUUGAAGACCUCACUGAAGCUGGAGGAGAACAAAGACUUCAAGAGCCGAGAUUUCCUUUCACGGAACUGCCG